AUGCUCGUACCAUCGACCCUUCUCCCCAUGGUCGUACCAUCGACCCUUCUCCAUGCUCGUACCAUCGACCCUUCUCCCCAUGCUCGUACCAUCGACCCUUUUCCAUGCUCGUACCAUCGACCCUUCUCCCCAUGCUCGUACCAUCGACCCUUCUCCCCAUGCUCGUACCAUCGACCCUUCUCCCCAUGGCCGUACCAUCGACCCUUCUCCCCAUGGCGGUACCAUCGACCCUUCUCCAUGCUCGUACCAUCGAGCCUUCUCCCCCAUGGUCGUACCAUCGACCCUACUCCCCCAUGCUCGUACCAUCGACCCUUCUCCAUGCUCGUACCAUCGACCCUUCUCCCCAUGGUGGUACCAUCGACCCUUCUCCCCAUGGUCGUACCAUUGACCCUUCUCCCCAUGGUCGUACCAUCGACCCUUCUCCAUGCUCGUACCAUCGACCCUUCUCCAUGCUCGUACCAUCGACCCUUCUCCCCAUGCUCGUACCAUCGACCCUUCUCCCCAUGCUCGUACCAUCGACCCUUCUCCCCAUGCUCGUACCAUCGACCCUUCUCCCCAUGGCCGUACCAUCGACCCUUCUCCCCAUGGCCGUACCAUCGACCCUUCUCCCCCAUGGUCGUACCAUCGAGCCUUCUCCCCCAUGGUCGUACCAUCGACCCUACUCCCCCAUGCUCGUACCAUCGACCCUUCUCCAUGCUCGUACCAUCGACCCUUCUCCCCAUGCUCGUACCAUCGACCCUUCUCCCCCAUGGUCGUACCAUCGACCCUUCUCCCCCAUGGUCGUACCAUCGACCCUACUCCCCAUGCUCGUACCAUCGACCCGUCUCCCCAUGCUCGUACCAUCGGCCCUUCUCCCCCAUGCUCGUACCAUCGACCCUUCUCCCCCAUGCUCGUACCAUCGACCCUUCUCCAUGCUCGUACCAUCGACCCUUCUCCCCAUGGUCGUACCAUCAACCCUUCUCCCCAUGGUCGUACCAUCGACCCUUCUCCCCAUGGUCGUACCAUCGACCCUUCUCCCCAUGGUCGUACCAUCGACCCUUCUCCCCAUGGUCGUACCAUCGACCCUUCUCCCCCAUGGUCGUACCAUCGACCCUUCUCCCCCAUGGUCGUACCAUCGACCCUACUCCCCAUGCUCGUACCAUCGACCCUUCUCCCCAUGCUCGUACCAUCGACCCUUCUCCCCAUGCUCGUACCAUCGACCCUUCUCCCCCAUGCUCGUACCAUCGACCCUUCUCCAUGCUCGUACCAUCGACCCUUCUCCCCAUGCUCGUACCAUCGACCCUUCUCCAUGCUCGUACCAUCGACCCUUCUCCCCAUGGUCGUACCAUCGACCCUUCUCCCCAUGGUCGUACCAUCGACCCUUCUCCCCAUGGUCGUACCAUCGACCCUUCUCCCCAUGCUCGACAGUCGCAGCCGAGCCGGGUAGAGCAGACCAUAACGAACUCCAUCCUUCCCCCGGAGCAGUGCUUUCACCUCGUUAAAGCUGAACGCCGUCUGUUCAACUCUGAAAUCUGGGAAGACGAGGAGCGGAUUUCCACUGAACUCCAGUCGGCCUUUCUCCCGACGCUGAAGGCUCCUUCUCUUGGUAACAAGCGGACGAUGAGUGGGCGUGGUCUUCCUCCAGCCGUGGGGGGUUGA